UCCGAUUGUAGCCUAACGUUAGCCUCGGCUAAACCUGUGGCGCUUGCGCGAGCGUUUGUUUUCGCCACAGCGGCUUUCUUCAUGAAAACUCUAGAUAUUUCCAGUGAGGAGUGAAAAAGGUGCGAAUUAACUGCUGGAGUCAGGUUUAAAAACGGUUCACAACAUGCUGGCCACAGGAGCGGCGGUGAGCACAACCAUGGCACAGGUGGAUCGGGAGAAGAUUUACCAGUGGAUCAACGAGCUGUCCAGCCCGGAGACCCGUGAGAACGCCCUGCUCGAGCUCAGCAAGAAGCGCGAGUCCGUCACCGACCUGGCCCCCAUGCUCUGGCACUCGUGUGGCACCAUCGCCGCACUUCUUCAGGAAAUCGUGAACAUCUACCCCUCGAUUAACCCCGCAACACUGACGGCUCAUCAGUCCAACAGAGUGUGUAACGCGCUGGCGCUGCUGCAGUGUGUGGCCUCACAUGUGGAGACACGCUCUGCGUUCCUGGCGGCUCACAUCCCCCUGUUCUUGUACCCAUUUCUUCACACUGCCAGUAAAACAAGACCCUUUGAGUAUCUUCGCCUCACCAGCCUCGGAGUCAUCGGGGCGCUGGUAAAGACAGAUGAACAAGAAGUGAUUAACUUCCUGUUGACGACAGAGAUCAUUCCCCUGUGCCUGCGGAUCAUGGAGACGGGCAGUGAGCUCUCAAAAACGGUUGCAACAUUCAUUCUGCAGAAGAUCCUGCUGGAUGACACGGGCCUAGCCUACAUCUGCCAGACCUACGAGCGGUUCUCUCACGUCGCCAUGAUCCUGGGAAAGAUGGUGCUGCAGCUGUCUAAAGAGCCAUCAGCUCGGCUGUUGAAGCACGUCGUGCGCUGUUAUCUACGGCUCUCAGAUAACUCCAGAGCGAGAGAAGCUCUUCGUCAGUGUUUACCAGACCAGCUGAAGGACACAACGUUCGCACAGGUGCUGAAGGACGACACAACCACAAAGCGCUGGCUCGCUCAACUGGUCAAGAACCUGCAGGAGGGACAGGUUACAGACCCACGUGGCAUACCACUACCUGCCCAAUAACACACACACCAUUCAGAAACAGGGUCUCUUGCUGACAGGAAUUUUUUUAUCUCACACACACACAGAGUGGACUGAUCUCAUGUACAAGGGCACUUACACAUGAGUUAUUUUGCCAAUAUUUAAAAAGUUUAAUGUUGGUUAUUAUUAGUUUUUGGAAAUGUUUCAGUAAAUUCUGCUGGCUGUUUGACCGGAACCAAAAUGUAGUCAUGUUUUUC